AUGGCGAUCUCCCAUGAUCCGCCCAGCGUCCUGAUCGGUCCAGGCGAUUUUCACACUGGCCCCUACUAUAUCAUCAUCAGUGGAUUACCGGAACGGACAAGCUGGCAAGAUGUGAAAGACUUCAUAAAGAGCCAAAUCCCAUGGAAACUCGACCUCUACGUUAGCAUCUUCGGAAAACGUCAGGAUUCAGGUUGGGUCCGUGUUGUAGGAUUCAAGGCGUUCAAUCAUGUGAGGAUCAGAGCUCCCUUCUUCAGAGAUCGAAGCCUCUUCAUCAACCCAACAGCGUUGGCUGAUCCUGAUACUGCCGGCUCGACUGUUCAAGCAGCAGAGGAGUUUAUCACCGCGACCACCCCGAUAGCAUCAAAUGCUUCCUCCGAGCAAUCCUAUCCAGAAACUUGCGCUACCUCACAACAAGCACAAGCACAAGCCCAAGCACAAUUACCAAACCUCUUCCCCCCCACACCCCCCAACACUCCCAAAGCCUCCCGCUCAAUCUCCGAGCCCUCCCUCUCGGGAUUUCGGAAAGUUGCAAUCACAUGGCGGGAAGACUCUAUUAGUAACGCCACCCGUAAAUCAAAUACUCAUCCCGCUUCCGCAUGGCCUCUCUCCCUAAACACCCAAGAAAAAAUGGGUUCCCAGAUCAAGUCCGAGCUCGCCCCUCUUCUGGCCCGCGGCGGCAGCGGCCCUAUGCAUCCUCUCGAAACACUCGAAUGUUUCCCUGGUAUUGCUUUGGCCACGUUUAGUUCGCAUGAGCUUGCCAGGCGGGCGAUCAAGGUGUUGAGACAAUCGGAACGGUUGAAUGCGAGGCCGGUGGUGGAUGAGGUGUCGUCACGGGAGGAGGUGCAGGCGACGUCGCAGGGACAGACGACGGCGGCGGCGACAGCGGGGAAGAAGAGGGUGGGUAAGAGGAGGGCUGGGGCUGGUAGGACUGCGUCUGCUCCUGCCGCGGCAGAGGGAGGAUCUGGGGCUGGAGCUGGGGUUGGGUGUGAUGUGGGUGAUGGGUUUCAGCAAAUAACACAGGGGAAAGAUAAGGAGACUAGGCCAUUGACCUCGGCGAAGAGGACUUCGACCACAGCCUCAACCGCUGCUCGCAAGACUCCAGCCGUGCUUAUCGUCAACGGUAGCUGGAAGAUAUAGGAUCUUAAACCCCAUAUGACUAUGAUAUGGGCUUCGACACAAAGAGGAGGUUUAUUACGAGCUAACUGAAAUACAAAGAGAAUGGACACAUUGAUGGUCAGCAGUUGGCUCACAGCAGAUGGAUAUGGGAGUUUCAGAUGAGAGCAGAAAAACAAGAAUGCAUACCUGGAUGAACUGUUGAUGAGCAUAACGAGGCUACGAGGCUACUAUUAGGUGCACACAAGACGGAGUUUGGAUUGGUAUACAACAAGUUUGUUAUUUAUGUACAGCCAGUAGACUGUUCAAGCCCUUUCUUCUCUUUCAUUCCCUGUUUUCUUCCUGGGCUGCAGCAGGCACAUGAAAUAGAUACAUGCACAACGGUUGAUCGUCUUGUUAGAAUAACAAGGAUAUGAUGAAUCUGAAACAUUUCCCAGCCUUGUUGAUGUGGGUAUUAAGUUGCUCUUGUUUGGCUUGAUGAUAUAGAGAAGUGAUGGAGAAAAUACAUGCCCUGUCAUGAAUGAACUGUGAGUAAGAUCGUCCUAUAGGGCACUUCUAGAUUUACCAUGUUGUUCCAUGCUUUUGCCAAAGCCCCCAUGUUCGCUGAAUGACAAUGCGUAGAAGCGUA